AUGUCUGUUAAGUAUUCUAUAGUGGUUCCUACAUACAAGGAGUGCGGGAAUAUUGAGCCGCUCACGCGGCAGGUCUUCGCCGCGCUGCGGGAUGCUGGCUUUGCGGCGGACACCGUUGAGAUGCUCAUCGUGGACGACAACUCGCAGGACGGCUCUGUCGAGGCGGUAGAGUCGCUGCGACGCGAGGGCUACCCCGUGAGCAUCGCCGUCCGCACAACCGAGCGGGGGCUCAGCAGUGCCGUCAUCCACGGCCUCUCCGCCGCCCGGGGGACGCUUCUCCUCGUGAUGGACGCCGACCUCCAACACCCGCCCGCCGACGCCCCGCGUCUCCUCCGCGCCCUCGAGCGUCCGACCGUCGAGUUCGUCUGCGGCACGCGCUACGGCGCCGGUGUCGUCGUCGACCGCGACUGGCCGCUCCACAGAAGAAUCAUCUCGUGGGGCGCACGACUCCUGGCACGCCCACUUACCCCACUCAGUGACCCAAUGUCAGGAUUCUUCGCCAUUCGCAAGGAUGUCUUUCAGCGUGGCGCAGACGCUUUGAAUCCCAUUGGCUACAAAAUUGCCCUGGAACUCUUUGUAAAGUGCCGGGUAAAGAAGUAUGAUGAGGUCGGGUUCAAUUUUUCUACACGAACAAUAGGGGAAAGCAAAUUGACGGGAAAAGUAAUAUUACAUUAUUUAAAGCACUUACAGGCGUUAUACGUCUAUUCAUAUGGUUUCUGGAUCGUGAUUGCAGUAGUCGUCCUGCUUUUCGCUCUUCUUCGAUCCGUAAAAUACAUGCUUUAA